AUUUUGCUAUAUCAGGCUUUAUUUUUCAAUUUUGAGUAUUUGUGCGGUCUGCGAUUGAAUUGAAUUUCGUUGAAUUUCCUCUAUUCCUUGUGUGGAAUCAGAGGUGGUUUCUAGAGUUGUUUGGACGCGGAUUGAGCAUAUUAGCGUUCUUCAUAAUCAGUUUCUUGACCGAUACGUGAUAGUAGUGUUCGGUUGCGCGAAAUCAAAAUUCUUAUUGCAAUUUUAGAUUUUUGGGGUUUAUGUGGUGUUUAAAUUUUGUGUCACAUGCCGAUUGAUUUUGUAGAUCACGGUUUGGUCUUGUCAAUCCUUUCUUACACCCAGUUUUAUAGCCAAAUUGUGAAAUUUGGACUUUCUCGAGUAAAUUUUGAUGUUCAACCUCAGUACUGACCUUUUUUUUGAGAUAGAGGAGAAUUAAGGUGGAAUAUGGAUUCAAAAGUUUACCGUCAAAAUGGAAGUUGAUCUUCAGUGCUGCUACAAUUUUCCUUUUUUCGGGUGUAUCAGGUUUGCUAGUUCACAUCAAAUGGAAAGGUAUGCGAAACUUCAAGGAAUUGGACGUGGUGCCUAUGGGGAGGUCUAUAUGUACAAAGACCUUACCAAUGGUGAAACUGUUGCUGUUAAGUGGAUUAAGUUUGGUGAUAAAGAUGAGGGUCUGCCACAUGAAGUCUUAAGGGAAAUUUCUGUGUUGAAGGAGUUGGAUCAUGAAAAUAUCGUCAGGUUAUUGGAUGUGGUCGCUAAAGAGAAAAGCAUCUUUCUUGUCUUUGAGUACCUUGACCUUGAUCUAGCCAAGUUCAUCGAAGAUCACUCAACGACUGGAAUAGAUCCACUUGUGAUAAAAGGCUUUCUUUUCCAGAUUCUUAAAGGUGUAUCCUAUUGUCACUCUCAAAAGGUUCUGCAUCGAGAUUUGAAACCUCAUAAUUUGCUCGUAGAUCUUCAAAGCAAAACAGUAAAACUCGCUGAUUUUGGCUUAGCCAGGACAUUUGACGUUCCUCUUCCAAAGUAUACUACUGGAAUAGCAACUCUUGAAUAUAAAGCACCUGAAGUCCUGCUUGGUAUGCGGUACUCUAGUACAGUUGAUAUAUGGUCUGUGGGUUGUAUAUUUGCUAAAAUGGUGACAAGGCAUGGCCUGUUUUCUGGGGUGUCUUGUACUUCACUGAUGUCUCAGAUACUCAGCAUUUUUCCUCUGCCAAAUGAGAGAGACUGGCCAGGAGUAACAUCAGCUAUACCCAAACUUAUGGAAAUGGAAACAUACCCCUCCGAACCCAACAUGGUCCUCGCAGAUCUUGUUCGAGGCCUGGACAGAGAAGGAAUUGACCUUCUCUCUAGAAUGCUCUGCAUGAAUCCCAAAAGAAGAAUUACUGCUUAUGAUGCGCUGAAGCAUCCGUACUUCAAAGAUCUCCAAGGGAAUCGUUGAUCCGAUUUUGGUGGAUGGACUGGUUUCUUCCUGUGUGUUGUAUAGUAAGUGCAUCCCUCAAUCAUAAUGUGAAAAACCUCAGCUUUGAGAUGAAAUAGAAUUGAGUUGUGGAUCCUUUCUCAACGUCAACACUGAAUAACCAGGGGGCGGUGGUUUUUACAAGUAGCCGUGGUUGUAACUACAUUUCACUUGCCUUGAAAAUACAUACAUUACAAUUUGAGGGUUUGAACUUGAAAUGUAGUAUUUGCAAGUAGUUCUUGAUUAAAAUGCAUUCUGAAAUUUCUUCACCUUAAUUGUCUAAU